CCUCCUCCUCCUCAGCAGCACCGCCCGCCGCGGCAGCCCGACGUGUCCGCUCCGUCCUCCCGAUCUCACCGGUACCGAGCCCCGGCGGAGAACAGGAACCGAACCGGGAUCCGUCGAGAGGGAGAACCGGGCGGAGGAGGAGGAGGAGGGGGGGGGGGGGGUCCCCGGUGCCGCCUCCAGCCGCAGUGAGCUGCCGUGAACCGGUGCCGUCGGACUGUCAUGAUCCCGGCGCGGAGAUGGCGUCCAGCCCCGGAUUGUGUCAGGCCGCCGCCGGGCCCGCGGAGCAGGAGGACGGAGAGCGGGACGGGUCACUGCAGCAGAUGCUGAAGGCGAUCACCGACGAGAGGAACCGACUGAACCACCGACAGGAGAUCAGCGGGCUGGGCUGUUUUAAGGACGACCGCAUCGUGUUCUGGACCUGGAUGUUCUCCACCUACUUCAUGGAGAACCGGGCUCCACGUCAGGACGACAUGUUGUUCUAUGUCCGCAGGAAACUCGCCUACGUCGGCGCCGACAACGGCGACAACAGCAAAAAGGUGGAGGUGGAGGUUUACAGGAGAGACUCCAAGAAGCUGCCCGGCCUCGGAGACCCCGACAUCGACUGGGAGGAGAGCGUCUACCUGAACCUCGUCCUGCAGAAGCUGGACUACAUUGUGACAUGCGCCGUCUGCACGCGCUCAGAUGCGGGAGACAUUCACAUCCACAAGAAGAAAUGUCAGGAAGUGUUUGCGUCUCCCAGUAAACACGCCAUGGACAGUAAAGGGGAGGAGUCAAAGAUGAGCUACCCGAACAUCUUCUUCAUGAUCGACAACUUUGAGGAGGUGUUCAGCGACAUGACGGUGGGCGAGGGCGAGAUGGUUUGUGUGGAGCUGGUGGCGAGCGACAAGAGCAACACCUUCCAGGGCGUCAUCUUCCAGGGCUCCAUCCGCUACGAGGCCCUGAAGAAGGUCUACGACAACCGGGUGAGCGUCGCGGCGAAGAUGGCCCAGCGGAUGUCGUUCGGCUUCUACAAGUACAACAACAUGGAGUUCGUGCGGAUGAAGGGUCCGCAGGGCAAAGGUCACGCCGAGAUGGCCGUGAGCCGGGUCCCGACGGGCGACACGUCGCCCUGUGGCACCGAGGAGGACCAGGUGUCGCCCAUCCACGAGAGGGUGACGUCGUUCAGCACCCCCCCGACCCCCGAGAGGAACCGCCCCUCCUUCUUCUCUCCGUCCCUCAGACGUAAAGUUCCACGGAACCGAAUCGCCGAGAUGAAGAAAUCUCACUCUGCCAAUGACAGCGAGGAAUUCUUCAGGGAAGAGGAAGACGAAGAUCUUCACUCCACCACCAACCUGCGCUCUCGCUCUCUGUCGGGCACCGGUCGCUCUCUGGUCGGAUCAUGGCUCAAGCUGAACAGAAGCGAGGAUUACUUCCUGCUCUACUCGCACCUGACCUACGUCACGCUGCCGCUGCACCGCAUCACCACAGACAUCUUGGAGGUGAGGCAGAAGCCCAUCCUGAUGACAUAGCAGGUCUGGACUCUCGUCAGCAUCAGGACCAAUUGCCUCCUGCAUCAGGACCCUGAGACACAGCAGCGCCCCCGGUGGUCAGACAGAGACCACACCCACUGAGACACAGCAGCGCCCCCGGUGGUCAGACAGAGACCACACCCACUGAGACGCAGCAGCGCCCCCCGGUGGUCAGACAGAGACCACACCCACUGAGACGCAGCAGCGCCCCCCGGUGGUCAGACAGAGACCACACCCACUGAGACGCAGCAGCGCCCCCCGGUGGUCAGACAGAGACCACACCCACUGAGACGCAGCAGCGCCCCCCGGUGGUCAGACAGAGACCACACCCACUGAGACACAGCAGUCCGCCGCUCGGAGGGACAACCACGAACAAACAAACAAACAAACCAGCCAUUCAGGAAGUGCCUCCUCCUCCUCUUCUUCUUCUUCUCUGUUCCUGCUGUGUUGACAGGAUCACGCGACCUCAUUGGCUGAACUCUUGACCAGGAAGUGAAGAAUGUUCGAUCCUCCUGUAAAUAUCCUGCUCCUUUUUCUCACGGAGACGCCUCGACUGACGGUUCUGCUUCCGACCACUCGCUCGUCGUUUUUUUAUCAAACACAUUGUCACCGAGGCGACGUGACGGGAGCCGGACGCCGUCUGAUGAGGUCACGUCCAUCUGGUCACGUCUGUUAAAAGGGAACCAAUCACUGCUCGGUUACUUUCACUGAAAUUAAAACUGUUCACAACUUAGAAUCACGUUGAUUCACUUGUUCAGAAACAAAUUCAGAUUAUUUUGUCUGAGGUGUAAACUGGUUUAUUAUUAUUAUUAUUUGGACUCCAGAUGAACGUGACCUGGACAGACAAACAUCUGCUUUUUAAAGGACGAGUCCUGUCGUCGACUUCUCACCGAGUUUUAAAUAGAAACUCAGUUUGACAUUUUCUUCUGCAGCUUCAGUUUUAAAAACCGACUGGAUUCGACGGAUGAGGAGGAUUUUAAAGGGAAACUGAGACGUUUGGAUCCCGAAGCCUUAAAAUCUGAAACUUCACCGUGUCUCGUUCACGUUUCACCAGUUUGUCACGAACAUUUUCUGUGAAGUUUCCAAACUGUCGUUGAUCUUCGAUAAAUUUUCUUUGUUACACAAAAACUAAUCUCAUUAAUUUUAAGUGUUUGAUGGAAACUGAUGAACGGCAUUGAUCCUUCAGUUCAUCAGACGAAGAUAUUAUGACGUCACCUGAGUUUAUUAAACCAAUUGGCCUUUUUUUAAAGUUGUAUUUUGAGAAAAACAUGUUUAUAAAGUCGUAAUUUGAAACAUGACUAUUCUCACAAUUCUGACGGCAUAUAAUUCUAAUGUUGUCAAAUCAAAGUAUUGAAAAAAAUGUAAAAAUAUAAUUGGCAAAUAUCCUCAAUAUUUCUUUUUUAAUUAUUUUAAUCAAAAUCGUGACUUGAUAUUUCAUAAUCUUUAAAUGUUGACAAAUCAAUUGAUAAACUUAAUUUUCCAAUUACACGCAAACACAAAUUGUUCAUAAUCAGGACAAAUCACUAAUGAAACUAAAAUUGCUAUUAAAUUAAUUUACUAAAACAUUACUAAUGAAAUAAUACCGUUAUUUGACUUUUUCUCUAAAAUAUUGAAAUUUCUUCCCCAGAUUUGAUGUUUUAAUUUAAUCAAUAUUUCGUAAAUAUCAAAGAGGUUCCCAGAAUUGAACUGGAAGCUAAAGUCAAAUAUCCUUUAUGUAAAAGAACAAAUUAUUGAUUAAAAUGUAAACGAGGCAAAAAUUAUGGAUUAUUGAAUCAUUCGACUGAAAGUUGAGAUUUAAUUUUAAAAGAAUCAGGAGAAUCAUUGAUCUGAUUGGAAACAGUUGAUCGAUCAGAAGUGAUCGGUGAUUGAUUUGCACUCGGAGACAAAGCCGCCUAUGAUCAAAGUGUUUUUCUGUGAAAUAUUCAGUGUUAUUGAUCAUCGUAUUCAUAUUUCCUCCAGCUGAAUGUAUAUCCACGCCGAUCCACACGAGACGUUCACUGAACCGUUCACGGCAGUUUGCACUGUAAAAAAUGCUUUUAGGAACUUUUUGGGAAAAAAAUUUUUGUUGAAACCUUUUUUUGUUUUCCUGCGUCACUUGAACGCAUCAUCGUGGCUUUUGUAGGCGGACACGGUCGAUGUUGUCACGUCGUCUCUUCUGUUUCACUGUUUUAUUUAUUGAAAUACAUUAUCAGAAAAAAAAUUGA